CAACUCAGAGUGGAUAAUGGAUCUAUUGUGAAAGGGAAAGAGAUUAGGGCUUGAUGGCGAUGGGAGAGUGAGAGUAAAAUGGAGAAGUUGAAGUUGAGUUGGUGCCGUGAGCGGACCGCUGCCGCCAAGGCCCAGGGUUUGAAUUUUUCAAUGCUGAUUAUUGCUUUGUGAUCGGCCGUCUUUGAUUUUUUUAGGAUUGAGAGAAGAUGGAGAUCGUGGGUUUGAGUGAUUCAAACGUUGAAUUCUUUCGUUGACUGAGAACCAAAGAUGGAAAGCUGAGAAGAUGAUGGAACAGGAUCACACUCUUCUCUUCUUUAUGGAGUGUUUAUUAUAUAUGUCUGUUGACCUUUCUGCCGCUUCCAUCCUUCCGGUUUCCCAACUCUUUCCCCUUCAUUCGUCUCCUCCUCUGUUGCCAUCAUGGGAAUCUGCUGCGCCAAACCUGCCAAGCUCGCUCAUGCUUCUUCAAGCAUUGUUUCCGGAGGUGAUGACCCAAAUAGCAAGUCGAACGUGGAAUCGACGAACUCUAGUCUUAAAACUUUAAGUUUUACAUCUAGUGCGUCUUUCGUCAAACCAAAAUUCGAUCAAUCUGGCGCCUGUGCUGUCAAGUCUUUUAGCUACAAUGAUCUGAAGAAUGCCACCAAGAACUUUCGGAGUGAAAGUCUACUUGGCGAGGGAGGGUUUGGAUGUGUUUUUAAAGGAUGGAUUGAUGAGCACACUUAUGUUCCUACUAAACCCGGAACCGGAAUUGUAGUAGCCGUCAAGAGACUCAAGCGCGAGAGCCUUCAAGGCUACAAGGAAUGGCUUGCGGAAGUUAACUAUCUGGGCCUGCUUCGCCAUGAAAAUCUUGUCAGGCUCAUUGGGUAUUGCUCAGAAUCCGAUAACAGACUUCUAGUUUAUGAGUUUAUGCCAAGGGGAAGUCUGGAAAAUCAUUUGUUUAGAAAAGGUGUUACACCUAUUACUUGGCGUGUUCGAAUGAACAUUGCAGUUGAUGUGGCACGAGGAUUAGCAUUCUUACACAGUUUUGAACCUAACGUUAUAUACCGUGAUUUGAAGGCUUCCAACAUUCUGCUUGACUCAGAAUUCAAUGCAAAACUCUCAGAUUUUGGCUUGGCAAGGGAGGGUCCCACGGGAGACAAGACUCAUGUUUCGACCCGGGUAAUGGGUACCCGAGGCUAUGCUGCCCCAGAAUAUGUAGCAACAGGCCACUUGAGUCCGAAGAGUGAUGUAUACAGCUUUGGAGUUGUUUUGCUAGAACUGCUUACAGGCAGACGUGCAUUGGACCACGAGAAAGUUGGGAGAGUGGAAGAAACACUAGUUGAUUGGGGGAAACCGUUCCUAAGCGACAGUAGGCGAGUGUUGAGGAUAAUGGAUACAAGGCUGGGUGGUCAAUAUUCGAGAAAAGAAGCUCAAGCCGCAGCUUUGCUUGCUCUUAAUUGCCUCCAUACGGAUUCCAAAAAUAGGCCAUCCAUGGUUGAUGUUCUUGACAAAUUAGAACAACUGCACACCGCAAAGGAUGUUCUGAGGACCCCGGACGCUAAUCGCAUCGAACCCACUCUUCCCACUGCACGUCAAUAGUGAUGUUUCCCUCGAUGGUUUGAUUUGAUUUCUCUGCCAGCAACCUGCAUGAGCAUGGGCAUGGGCAAGAAGAACAAGUUUUGUGGAUAUUUCAAGUAGCAUUCACGCACUAGAAAAUGUAAUUGCUGCAUUUACAGAAACUGUCAAAAAGAUUCCCUUUGCAUGAACCAAGAUUCAUAUUUCAUGCGUAUAUAGCAGUAUUCACUUA